GGCCUUUCCAAUAAUAUCUACCUAAAGUCUGGAUUUUGGACGACUUUGAGGUGGCCGAAUGGCUCAAUCAAAAGGGCAGGUUCGCGCCUCCAGACUGGCAGCGCGAGGGAACCGCGCGAGUCCGGCUGUUGCUCUGUGAACGCUUCGAAUCCAGACCUCUAUGGUUUGCCAUGAGGCGUGGAUCAUUCCUGGAAGUGGGAAAAAACACUCGGACUGCCCUCUACAUCUUUGGCGAUAUUGGAUUGGGCCGGUGGGAAGCAACACUCUCAUCUGACCUUCACGCAAUAUAAGGGCGUUCGGUCGUUGGAGUCACUCGGUGAGUGUGAACCAAAUGAUUGAUACCCACACGCGAGCAAUGAUAACAUUGAACUGGAACUGAACUCUGCUGUUCUCACUAUGAAGCGACCUCAAAUGCUUCAACUCGGCAAUCUGGGCAAGAAAAUGUCACACUACUUCGAGACCCGCACAACACUGGCUUUGAUACAUGGCUGGGACAUCUUUUCUGACGUGAACAAAAUAAGCGGCGAUAAGAUCAUCUCUCAUAUGACAGCCAUCCACGAAAUGAUAAAGACGUCGAGCAGCCUGCUGUGCCACCCCUUGUUACUACCCACCACUUUUCUUCGGCUACAUCUGACCAAGGCUGAGAUCAUGAGUGGCCAGCUGAACGAGACUAAUCAAAAAGACUCUCGGCGUCACUCAGGCCGGUCGGCUGGUGAAAAGAACCGUCAAAAGACAUCCGCGUCACCACAAAUAUGAACCGCAUGAUCACGGACGAGAAGGCGCGGAUUAAUACGACGGCGCUCCUGAGCACCACAAUCAUGGAUGCUGUGAGCUUUUUGGGAACGCCAGAGUGGGACGAAGAAUAUAUCAAAUUCCUCCUUCGGGUUAACGAGGAAGUUCGGAGGUAUCAAUAGACAGCACAGCUAUGAAGCCAAUGGCAGUGGUGACGAUGCUCUUCCUUCCUC